GCAACAAUGCUUCUAUUGGCUAUUUUAAAAUUCAAUCUGGCAAUCUUGAAGAUAAUAGUGAUUGUUUUGAUGGUUUAUCUAUGAAUAAAAAUCUAUCAGUUAAGAUAAAACCAUUAACUGAAGAAAAGUUGAAUAUAGUACGAAAAUCAAACUGGAAAAAGAGCAUUAAGCUACUAGUUGACAAGUAUGUAUCUGCUAUUGAAAUUAAGCCCUUUUUUAAUGAUGAAAUUCAA